AUGGCGCAAGCUAAGCAGGCUUGCAAGGCCUAUAAAAACCCCAACAUUCAUCCCUCAUUCAACCUCUGCAUUUUUCAUCACAAAUAUCUUGUUUCACAUCGAUUGGUCACUACCAUCUCACAUCUGCUAAAACAACUUCACUUCCAACAUCGUUUCGCAAAUUUAAUCAUGGAUCCCCCUCCAGAUCUUCAAUUAAUGCUACAGGAGACUACAAAACAAUUAGCGGCUCAGAAUAAACUUAUUCAAGACAUUCAAGCUCAAUCCGCCCAAAUGCAAGCUGAAUCCGCCGCCAGAGACGAAUCAUACGAAAAGCUUUUGAAGAAGUUCAAAGACGUGUCUGUUCAACAAUCGGCCUCAGCAGAGAAAGGGAAGUCCAGAGCGUCAACCUCAUCAAAAGCACCUACAACACCAAUCUCCCACAAUAGACCCAGUUUAUCUUUGUCAUCACGCAAGACAAAUCCUACGCCCGCGGAGUGUUUCGAACCUUCCCAAAGCUCCAGACGUAGUUCUGCCCCUCCUAAACCAUCGCCGAAACGCCAUCCCAUUCAGAUGGCUCCGGAUGAGGCGCCUCCAGGUUUCCAAGGAACGAGGAUCAACGCUCUUGCUGAAGACGCCGCCGCCAGAGACCUCCUUCCUAUCACUGACAUCGUGUCUCUUCGGGAUGCCAAAUCGGGUCGCAUAAAGGUUGGAAAGGGAAUUAUUCACUUACAAGAUUUCUUUCUCAGGUACUCGGUAGCCAUGCUAGCAAAGCUGGGUAUUUGUUGUUGGGCUCCUGAUCUUGAAGACGCACCCGACUCGAUGUGGAAUGAAGCUUGUCGGAUUAGUGCUAUCAAAAUCUUGCGAAUGUGGAUUACUGGGAAGGUGUUUCCAAAUGCCGAUGCAAAAUUUGUCCACAACCUCUUAUUACUCGAGCGAACGUACAAUCACUAUGUACAUUACUAUAUGGCUAAGAAGUACCAGAAGGAGGCCAAAGAAUCAGGCGCCAAUCAAAGAGAGGAAGCAAGAAAAACAAGUCAGAGGGGCCGGCAACGCCUUCGUGACACACGGUUUGCUUAUGCAGGUGCAAAGGGCUUUCCCACUCGCUAUCUAUCGAUGUUGCAGCACGUCGAAGCUCACAGUGAUGAUGAGUUUGAUGUCGAGCGCCAGGUCUAUGUGGUCAAGACGCCAAUUUAUCAAUCAGUCGAAGCUGGGAUCUUCAUGCGACGGGUUGACGAACAUAUGCGCCUAAGCAAAACGCUCAGCAAAACACGGAUUCAGACACGUACGCGCAUUCGCCCCAAACAUCCCAUUGAGUCAACUUUGACACGACCACCUCGCGGCCUUCCAAUCGACUUCUACAAUGCGGAGUGGUACAACGUCCUUCCAGUCGCAGAUCGACAAGACAUCGCCGAUGCUUGGAAAGUGAUGUUUCUUCCGGAUCCCUCUGAGUCUCUCCUAGGUCGACCGCAUCCCGACGAGAAGCUUGAAGAUCAGAAGUUUACCGACAAACACUGGCGAAGAGCCACGAAAGAUUACGAUCUGGAUCAUGAGUUCACUCACGCAACGGACAGCGACGUAGAUUCAGAAGAUGAAGACGAUGGGAAAUUUGCUAAAGAUAGUAUAGACCUUGCGAAUACUGAUGGAGAAGAAGAUGAAGAAGAGGGACCAAUCGAAGAAGAUGAUUUUGAAGAGGAUCCAAAUGACUUCAAAAAAGGUGGAAAUCGCGGGGCGCUGAGCCGGGCACAAAAACUUAAAGGCAGGAUGGAGGCUGAUGAGGAUGAAAGCGAUUGGGAUGGUGAAGUUGAGGAAGGGGAAACUGGGAAGGGUGCUGGGAAUGGUGAAGGUGGGUCUCGUGGCAGAGGUCAAUACUACGUGGAUGAUGAUGAUAUGGAAGAGAAGGAAGAUGAUGCGCGGGCUAGAAGGUGGGAUAUUUGGAACAAUGCUUGA